UGCUUAAUUUGUAAAAUCAUAACCUAAUUUAAUGUUUAAUAGGCUUUUCCUUAAUCCCUCCUUAUUAUCCAACAUAUUCGCUUAUCUAAUGUUUAUGUUGGAUAAGUAAGACUCUAAAGUAAGUAAAGGUAAAGGUUUUCCCCUGACGUUAAGUCCAGUCAUGUCUGACUCUGGGGGUUGGUGCUCAUCUCCAUUUCUAAGCCGAAGAGCCAGCGUUGUCCGUAGACAUCUCCAAGGUCAUGUGGCCGGCAUGACUGCAUGGAGUGCCACCGGGGCUCCAGUAAGACUCUACUGUAUAUUAUAUUUGCCUUCUUUGUUUUUCAAUGCUGGAAUUAUGCAAUUGCAUUAAAAAUUAAAAUUAAGGAACAGCAGUAGUGCAAGUAGACAUGGUUAUGAGAUGUGCAGAAAUAAGAUCAUGGAACCACAGAUGGGUAAAUUGUUGUAACUAGUAAUGAAGAAAGAUGAAAUAUUCAAAGUGCUCAAUGCAAUAUGUAUCCACUAUCAAUGAUCAUGCAACAAUAGUGGGAUAGUGGAUGCAUGUGAUAAAGUCUAAACUGAUUUUAUUGUGAUCUGAUCAGUCAAGGUAUAACCACGAUUGUCCUUCAAAUUUUACUUCUCCAUAUUAUGAAAUACAGUCUCUGGUUCAAAAUGUACCAAAAUAUGUAACAAAGUGUGUAUUUUGGGAUAAAAUAGGUUUUGAAAAUUGCAGUUUGACAAAAAAGUAUGAUUACAAAUGCAUAUUUUUGUCAUAAAAUACAUGACUUCUAAGGACCUUUUCUCUCAUGUCAAACAAUAUGACCAAAUAUGUCAAACAAAUUUUCAUGAUGACUUUUUAAAACAGAAAUCAUAUGUUAAUGUAAAACGAGACUUCCUAAUUAUGAAACGAACGCUAGAAAUAUCCCUGAUAUUUCAUGGCAGAACUACAAUCCUAUUAGAUUUUGGAUUUUGUGCAAUCCUCCUUAAUUUGAUGGUUGAUUGAUUUUUGCAUUAAUUCACCUUAUUAUCAUAACGGCCUUCCAGAAAGAUUGUCUUCAAAGACCCUGGUUUCAAGGGGAAAGGUGUCCAGCAAAAUAUUUGACCAAGAAGCUUAGCUGAUGGUUUAGCUAUAAUCUUCCUUUGGCAUUUCACGUUCUACGUCAAGCAUGUCCAAUUACUAAUCAUUUUUGUUCCAGCUGUCUGUGGACAUACCAUGGUAUGUGAGUAAAUAAUAUAUACAAAAGAUGUGCCGAUUAUACUGAAGUGAACAGAGAACAGCUUGUAGCUUUUCUGAAUCUUGUCUGCGUUUUCAUAGGGUUUUCCUUCCCGCAUUGAAAAUCACAAGAGAUGUGUCAUUAUUUAUGAAUUAGAUUAAGUUGUAUGGAAACAUUAUACUUGCAAACAAAUCUCGCCAGUAUUUUUUUUUUCAAAGAUCUGUUCCCUUGUCCAAGAGCUGGGAUUUUUUUUCUCAAUAUGGUAGAUCUUAUUUCAAAGAGUCAAGGAAUUGAUAUUGUCUGUUGACAUCAUUCGGCUCUUUUUCUGUGAUAAGUAAACUUUAUAAGGAAAAGGGAGGGGGAGAAAAAUCAAGUUAAGGCAUCAGGCUAUAUAACACACACACACACACACACAUAUAUAUAUAUACAUUGAGCACCACAUUGUCUCUCUCCUUCUUUCCACAGACUUGUCCAGUAGACCAAGAGGUUGACUGAAAACGAUGCUGUCGUCACAGCUGGUUCAUAUCCUUGCAGUAGGAGUUGUCUUACUGGUCUCGUGCCAUGCUCUAGAACCCUGUGUAGACCCCAGAGGUCCUCCUGGAAGAGAUGGGCACCCUGGUGCACAAGGUCCAAGGGGAAAACAAGGCGAGAAGGGAGAUCCUGGAACACCAGGCCGGUCUGCAUCUGAGGAUAUUCUGGUGGAUCUCAUGGAAUUUGAAGAAAGGAUCUCCAAAAUUGAAAAAGCCUUGACUUUGAAUGGAAAGAUUGUAAUAACUGGUGAUAAGCUGUUUGCCACUACUGAGAAGACAGCGGAUUUUGACGGCACAGUAAAAAUAUGCAAAGCAGCUCAUGGCUCCAUUGCAUCCCCUAAAAAUGCAAAAGAGAAUGCUGCUGUUUUGAGCUUUGUAAAACAAUUUAAUACAUAUGCAUAUUUAGGCAUUACUGAAGGGCAUAUUCCUGGGUAUUUCAAUUACCUGACUGGAAAACCCCUGAAUUUUACAAAUUGGUAUGAAAAUGAGCCCAUGGGCAAGGGUACAGAAAAAUGUGUGGAAAUGUACACUGAUGGCACCUGGAAUGAUAAAGUGUGUAGCUAUUCCCGUCUCACAGUCUGUGAGUUUUAAACUAAACCUCACUGCAGAUCUGAAUAACAUGAAAUUAGUUUUGCUAGGAUCCACUUAAUGAAGUACUGCCUCUAUACACCAGGAUAACUGAAUGUUUCUUGCAAUGUAACUUGACAUGUCUGUGAUUAUUCUCUUUGUCAAAGGAGUUGGGGUGACAAUUAAACAUGAAUGCAUUUCACUUUGCUUUGCUCUUCUUUCAUGCAUACAAAGACUAAGUUCCUUCUAAACCAACAAGAUUAAUGUCAGUUUAGUAAAAAUACAGAAAUGCAAUUUUUGGAAUGAAAACAUAAAAACAUAACACUAUGGAGUUGUCAUUGUCAUAAUUGCUAUAAAAUUCUGCCUUCCUCUAAUAGAUAUAUAUGGGAAGGCUUUCUUUAUAGAAAGGGUGGAGAUAGAAAGCUGUAUUUGUCUUUGUGAUAGAGUAGAGUUGGGGAGAGAUAGGAUCAAAAUAUUUUUGACAGCUGACUUGAAAUAUAUACUGGAGUACAAUGGAAAGUGUGCUGAAAGCAUUAUGGGGAAAUUUUGGGGAAAGGCCAACAAGAAGGCCUUAUGGGGAAGAACCAACAAGAAUUUUCUCCCAGUGAUAUUUUCCUUCAGUCCCUCAAUUUCUAGUACUGCAGAGAAUGAGGCAUUGAAAAUGGUUUGUACCCAGGUUCUUAUACUCACUGUGUUUGCAAGUAUAUUUGCCUGCCCUCUUUCUUGGGAUGCCAAAACUCAUUUUAGUUCAAAUUUUGGGAUGAGGGAAAUGUCCUCUUUUCUCCCCUAUCCCAUACCUACAUUUUGGGACAUUUUCUUGCCUUGGAUGGUAGAAUCAGUGUGUGCCUUCUUAUUCCAUGUACAAAAGCCAGUGGAACUGUCGAUUUUUUCCUUCAAUAAUGGCAAUGGAACAGUGUCAUCCAAUGCACCUGAAGACAACUAGCUGACUUAACGUGUCCACAUUGCAUAUAGUGUUGUGACUGCGCCUUCGGGGAUUAUGGUUGAUGGUGAUGGAAUUCGAAGAGGAAGAAAAAAACCCUCGUGAUGAGGGUUCACUGGAGGAGUUGCGCAAGAAGCGACUUAGAGAGCUAUAUGGGGGAUCUUCUGAGGAAGAUUCAGAUGGGGAGAUGGAUGCUGAGGAACAGGUGGUGGCUGGGGAAGCGGGCACUGAAUGGGCACAGCCACUGGAGAUGUCUGGGGAUUUGGGGCCUAUGGAUACUUCUGAACCUGGGGUUUCUGCAGGAGCUGAUCCCAAUUGGGAUGCUUGGAGAAGGGAGGAUGGUUCUUUAAGUGUUCAUGGGGCUAAGUGUGGGCAGGAUGAUUGGGACUCCGACGAAUUGCUAGGUACUCCAGAUCCACGAGCUCUAGCUGUGUGGAGUUCAGACUCUGAGUAGAUUUGGGACACCUGGUGUUUGGGUGUGAGUGUUUGGUCACCCAGGAGGAAGGGGAAUAAAAUGGGAAUGUUUGGCCACUGCACUUUGCGUGUGGCAAGGUGUUGCUGAGGCGCCAUUGGGAUCUCUGUGUUUCCGUGAAGACUGGACUUGGACUGUGAUUCGGAUCUGCUGAUAUCACCUAGCUUGGCUCUCACUGUGUCUUAUCGUGGACCUGUUUUGGAUGACUGCACCCUCUUCGGACUUUGGAUUGAAUUUGACCUGGCUUCUGUCUACACCCUCUGACUGACGGCUACUCCCGGCUUCUGACUAUUGGUUUGUCUUUCGGAAUUUCUUCUGCCUCCUGACCUGACCUUGGAUUCUUCUGACGACGGCUAUUCAUCAUCCCUUUGAGGCUUUCGGCUUAUCUGCACUGUGGAAGCAGCUUUACUGCUUUUCUAGUUUGUUUAUUUUUCCAGCAAUUAACUCUAUUUGUUUUCCAAAGCUGAAUUGAAGCGUUAUUUAGUUUUUUAUUGAAUGCCAGCAUGGGAAAUUAGCGUGGCUCGUUUUUGAGUUAUUAUUGUCCAAUCUACUCUCGAAACACUGAAAAGUGAAGUGUUUCAAGGAUAUUUCCUGUGUUUAUGUUAUUUUCUGGCUUAUCUUCGGAAUAAACUCUGUUUUGUAUGUUAACUGGCGUC